AUGGCGGCCACUGUGCCUACUUCUGUAUCAGGUGACGGUCCUGAGAAAAUGUGGAUUUCUGGAUGGGAGUGCGAGUGGGAGUGUGUUUGGGAGUGCGAGUGGGAGUGCGAGUGGGAGUGUGUUUGGGAGUGCGAGUGGGAGUGCGAGUGGGAGUGUGUUUGGGAGUGCGAGUGGGAGUGUGUUUGGGAGUGUGUUUGGGAGUGUGUUUGGGAGUGCGAGUGGGAGUGUGUUUGGGAGUGCGAGUGGGAGUGCGAGUGGGAGUGCGAGUGGGAGUGCGAGUGGGAGUGCGAGUGGGAGUGCGAGUGGGAGUGCGAGUGGGAGUGCGAGUGGGAGUGCGAGUGGGAGUGCGAGUGGGAGUGCGAGUGGGAGUGCGAGUGGGAGUGCGAGUGGGAGUGCGAGUGGGAGUGCGAGUGGGAGUGCGAGUGGGAGUGCGAGUGGGAGUGCGAGUGGGAGUGCGAGUGGGAGUGCGAGUGGGAGUGCGAGUGGGAGUGCGAGUGGGAGUGCGAGUGGGAGUGCGAGUGGGAGUGCGAGUGGGAGUGCGAGUGGGAGUGCGAGUGGGAGUGCGAGUGGGAGUGCGAGUGGGAGUGCGAGUGGGAGUGCGAGUGGGAGUGCGAGUGGGAGUGCGAGUGGGAGUGCGAGUGGGAGUGCGAGUGGGAGUGCGAGUGGGAGUGCGAGUGGGAGUGCGAGUGGGAGUGCGAGUGGGAGUGCGAGUGGGAGUGCGAGUGGGAGUGCGAGUGGGAGUGCGAUGGGAGUGCGAGUGGGAGUGCGAGUGGGAGUGGGAGUGGGAGUGGGAGUGGGAGUGGGAGUGGGAGUGGGAGUGGGAGUGGGAGUGGGAGUGGGAGUGGGAGUGGGAGUGGGAGUGGGAGUGGGAGUGGGAGUGGGAGUGGGAGUGGGAGUGGGAGUGGGAGUGGGAGUGGGAGUGGGAGUGGGAGUGGGAGUGGGAGUGGGAGUGGGAGUGGGAGUGGGAGUGGGAGUGGGAGUGGGAGUGGGAGUGGGAGUGGGAGUGGGAGUGGGAGUGGGAGUGGGAGUGGGAGUGGGAGUGGGAGUGGGAGUGGGAGUGGGAGUGGGAGUGGGAGUGGGAGUGGGAGUGGGAGUGGGAGUGGGAGUGGGAGUGGGAGUGGGAGUGGGAGUGGGAGUGGGAGUGGGAGUGGGAGUGGGAGUGGGAGUGGGAGUGGGAGUGGGAGUGGGAGUGGGAGUGGGAGUGGGAGUGGGAGUGGGAGUGGGAGUGGGAGUGGGAGUGGGAGUGGGAGUGGGAGUGGGAGUGGGAGUGGGAGUGGGAGUGGGAGUGGGAGUGGGAGUGGGAGUGGGAGUGGGAGUGGGAGUGGGAGUGGGAGUGGGAGUGGGAGUGGGAGUGGGAGUGGGAGUGGGAGUGGGAGUGGGAGUGGGAGUGGGAGUGGGAGUGGGAGUGGGAGUGGGAGUGGGAGUGGGAGUGGGAGUGGGAGUGGGAGUGGGAGUGGGAGUGGGAGUGGGAGUGGGAGUGGGAGUGGGAGUGGGAGUGGGAGUGGGAGUGGGAGUGGGAGUGGGAGUGGGAGUGGGAGUGGGAGUGGGAGUGGGAGUGGGAGUGGGAGUGGGAGUGGGAGUGGGAGUGGGAGUGGGAGUGGGAGUGGGAGUGGGAGUGGGAGUGGGAGUGGGAGUGGGAGUGGGAGUGGGAGUGGGAGUGGGAGUGGGAGUGGGAGUGGGAGUGGGAGUGGGAGUGGGAGUGGGAGUGGGAGUGGGAGUGGGAGAGGAAGAGAAAUGAACGUGCAGCUCUUGGAACACUGA